AUGGCUCGCUACCCCAGUCUGAGGCUGCUGCACUGGGCGUGUGCUGAAGUGUCUGAUGAAGAGGAGCUAGAGCCGACCUCCACAAAGGCCCAGAAAAACAAACGGACCAAGAGGACAGAUGCGUGUGCUGAAGUGUCUGAUGAAGAGGAGCUAGAGCCGACCUCCACAAAGGCCCAGAAAAACAAACGGACCAAGAGGACAGAUGCGUGUGCUGAAGUGUCUGAUGAAGAGGAGCUAGAGCCGACCUCCACAAAGGCCCAGAAAAACAAACGGACCAAGAGGACAGAUGAAACCCAAAGAAACCCUGGAGUGAGGAGGAGAGCCGUGGAGAAGAGGAUGGGGAAGUACCUGGCUCUGUGUGCUGUGCCUCACACAGGAGUCUGCAGCCCUCAUCAACAGAACCUGGAAGGACCUCAAGUACUUUGUGUAUAA